AUGUGCCCCAAGAUCAUUCGCUCAACCACCCACCCACCCACCCACCCACCCACCCACCCCCCUAUUUGGCCUGCAGGAGUGUGUUUACUUCGCUCAUUGCCUCGCCUUUCUCACUUGCUCAUUGCCUCGCCUUUCUCACUCGCUCAUUGCCUCGCCUUUCUCACUCGCUCGUUGCCUCGCCUUUCUCACUCGCUCAUUGCCUCGCCUUUCUCACUCGCUCAUUGCCUCGCCUUUCUCACUCGCCCAUUGCCUCGCCUUUCUCACUCGCCCAUUGCCUCGCCUUUCUCACUCGCUCAUUGCCUCGCCUUUCUCACUCGCUCAUUGCCUCGCCUUUCUCACUCGCUCAUUGCCUCGCCUUUCUCACUCGCUCAUUGCCUCGCCUUUCUCACUCGCUCAUUGCCUCGCCUUUCUCACUCGCUCAUUGCCUCGCCUUUCUCACUCGCUCAUUGCCUCGCCUUUCUCACUCGCCCAUUGCCUCGCCUUUCUCACUCGCUCAUUGCCUCGCCUUUCUCACUCGCCCAUUGCCUCGCCUUUCUCACUCGCUCAUUGCCUCGCCUUUCUCACUCGCUCAUUGCCUCGCCUUUCUCACUCGCUCAUUGCCUCGCCUUUCUCACUCGCUCAUUGCCUCGCCUUUCUCACUCGCUCAUUGCCUCGCCUUUCUCACUCGCUCAUUGCCUCGCCUUUCUCACUCGCUCAUUGCCUCGCCUUUCUCACUCGCCCAUUGCCUCGCCUUUCUCACUCGCUCAUUGCCUCGCCUUUCUCACUCGCUCAUUGCCUCGCCUUUCUCACUCGCUCAUUGCCUCGCCUUUCUCACUCGCUCAUUGCCUCGCCUUUCUCACUCGCGCCAUGCCGGAGGUGUAUCGGCUGCUGUUUGACGUGUUUGGGCUGGACCCCCACCAUCCUGAGAUGCGGCCACUGACGCGCUGUGCCGUACCAUUCACCUCUGUCCGCCCACCCCCCAGGAGUGUCUUCACCUCCCUCAUUGCAUCAGCUUACCUCACUCGCGGCAUGCCGGAGGUGUAUCGGCUGCUGUUUGAGGUGUUCGGUUUGGACCCAGACCAUCCCGAGAUGCGCCCCAAGAUCGAGCGCGUGCGUGACGAGGAUUUCCUGCACGCUGACCUGGACGGCGACCCGCUGACGUGGCGCGACGUGGCAUGCUACCAGUCCCCACCAGAUUCCCUCUUCCCCAACCCUCGUCUCUUCCACGCGUGCGUGCCGCCCGGAAUGUCCCGGUUCCGCGGCUCUGAUUGGAUGCACCGAUCCCUGGAGGCGGCCCUGAGGGCGCUGGCUUGGCCGAGACCAGCCGAGGCUGGCAUGAGCUUGGAGGCGAAGCAGCGGCGGAAUGAAGACAUGGUGAUGGCCCUGCAGCUGUGCUUCCUGCACCCCUCUCUCUACCGUGGGGAGCAUCCCCGCUUCUGCUACGACCGGCUUGAGUACCUGGGGCAGAAGAUUCAGGAUCUGAUAUUGGCAGAGAACCUCCUUCAGUCACACCUCGACGCGCCGAUCCUCUGGCUUGCGGACCGCCAUACCACGCUGCUUCGGAACCGAGCUUGCGGCCGCUACCUCCGAGCCUCGGGCCUGCAUGAUCACGUGGAGCUUUCAGAGGAGUCGAAGCAGUAUUUCUACGCGAAUAAAAAGUUUCAGAAUUUGGUUUCAGGAGCGGUGUUUCAGGCUGUUCACGGGGCGGCUUAUAUCGUGCACGGCAAGCCGGAGGUUCGGCGGUUGAUGUUUGGGAUGUUUGAAAUUGAUGGGGGCACAAUGCAUACCACGUAA